AUGGAAGCCGACUAUCUUCCUGUCUACUCUAUCCCUGAAGACACUGAUGAAUUUAGACUUGUUUUUGAGGCUUCAUUUCAUUUGAUCGGGAAUUAUCACUAGUGAGAUAUUACUCGGGAAAUUUGGAAGAAAUCUUUUUUCCUCGGAAGACAUUUGUCCCUUAAAAUCCAUCAAAUUCCGAAUAUUCAUAAAGGAAAAAAUUGGGCCGAAUGAGGAAAAAAAUGCGCGCCCGUUUGUGAAGAAGGAUUCGCAAUGAUUCGCCCUUGCCCAUUUUUAUCAGUCUCAGGCGCAAUCAUAGUGCAGCUCAUAGAUAAACUCAUUUAUUUUCAAUCAUUUGGCUGCUAUGGUAUGAACUACUUAAAAAGAUAGUAACUCCCCACUUCUUUGAUCAAUGAUGGGGAUUUAAAAAAUGUUUGGAAAAAAAUAAUAUUUACAAUUAAUAUAUAUUAUUUUUAUUGUUUUGGUGUGUACUUUUUAAAAUAAGAGGCUUAAGAUAUUAAAUAUUAAAACUAUUAAAAUAAAAAAUCGUUUAUAAAAUAUUUCUCUUUUAUAUUAAUUAUUUUCAAUUUAUAAUAAUUCUAAACUUUUUUAGAUUAUUAAGCUUUUGAGGCCAGGUUGAUGGCUAAAGCACUUCGGAUGAUUAAUUCCGUGCAGAUUAUUAAGAAAACGCGUAAAUUACUCUCAAUUUGCCUAUUCAAACUAUUAAUUUUCAUAAAUUAUAAUAAAUAUUAACUAAUGUAUUGAUUUAUUAUAUAUAAAAGAUUUGCAAUAUAUGAAAAUCGUUCGAUUAAGAAUGAGGGUUAAUUUUCCCAAUUCUUAAGAAUCAUUCUAUCAAGGAUGGGGGAGUAAGACUUAAUUAGCCUUAACAGAGUAAAAAGAUCCAGAUUCAAGUCCUUCCCAAAACUUACAAGUAUUAUUGAACAAAUCGAAGAAAACACUGCAAGCCAAGCAGAGUAUAGAGAAGCCUUGGAAAAAUCCAAGUCUUUAUAUAAUGAGAUUUUAGAAUUUUCAAAAGAACUAAUUUCGCCUAAAACAGCAAUGGUUGAUGAAAAUGAUAGCGAACUGAAUAUGUUCUCAAGAGAAUUUAUAAAAAUUUCCCAUAGAUGGCGCUGUUUGCCCUUGAUUUGCCCAUGAGGAAAAUUUUUUGGUUUGAUCAAACCAUAUGGUACUGGUUGAACCAAAAAAUUUCCCCAGUGGGCAAAUCAAGGGCAAACAGCGCCAUCUAUGGGAAAUUUCUAUAGUAUUGAUUUCUGAAUUUAUUCUAGCGAUAAUUGCCAGAAAAUUAGCAAUUCCAUAAUUCCUAAUCCUAUUUUGAUUACUUUAUUUCAAAUUGAUAAAGAAACAGAAAUUGAGUUUUCAGUAUUACAUCACAAUCUUGAAAUAAUAGGUGAUAAUGAUCCAAGCUUCAGUUUUCCAUAUUUAGUUGAGAAUAAACAAAGCAAAACUCAUAAAGAAGAGCAGAAAAAUCCAAAAAUAGCGCCUGUGCAAAUUCAAAAAGAAGUGCAUAAAAAUCCAAUGCAAGAACCUGUGCAAGUUCUAAAAGAAGAGCAUAAAAAUCAAAAGCAAAUACCUGUGCAAAUUCAAAAAGAGAAUUUGAUUAAAAAAUCAGAUAAAGCAAUGAUUGGUAUAAGAGAAAAUUUGUUAUCUGAAAAAGAAGAGAAAGGUUUGCAAGAUGUUUGGGGUAUUGAGGACGGAAAUAAAAGCAAAGUUCAAAAAUUAGAAAAUAAAAAUCAAAAACAAGAGAAAGGCUUGCCAGAUGUUUGGGAUAUUGAGGAUGGAAAUAAAAGCAAGUUAGAACAUAAAAAUCCAAAGCAAGAGAAAGGUUUGUCAGAUGUAUGGGGGGAUAUUGAGGAUGAAAAUAAAAGCAAAGUUCAAAAAUUAGAACAUAAAAAGCCAAAACAAGAAGAGAAAGGCUUGCCGGAUGCAUGGGAUAUUGAGGAUGAAAAUAAAAGUAAGGUUCAAAAAAAUCCAAAGCAAGAGCAUAUAAAAAUUUCUAUAGAAAGUCCUACCAGAAAACCAGAAAAAACAAUAAUUGACAUAGGAGAAACUCUGCUACCUCCAAUAAUUAAAGAAGAUCUCCCAGAUAUACUAAAUAUUGGGAGUGGAAAUAAAGGAAUUUCUCAUCCAAAAGUGGAUGAUCUAGCAGGUGUAUUACAAAGUGAGCCUGUAACCAAAGGGAACCCUUAUGAAUUUCUGAUUCAAAAUAAGAAAGAACAAGAAAAAGUUCAAAAUAUUCAAUCAAGCCAAAUCGCCAUUAAAAAAGAGCGUAGCAAGCCAAAAGCCAAUUUGCAAUAUAACCCACGAAAUUUCAUGCUUCCUCAAAACUCUGGGAAACUAUAUGAAGAGCAUAAAAUCCCUUUUAAUGAAGAAAUCUACUAA